AUGUCGUGGAAAGCUAUCACACCUGAUGUCUAUGAAAGGCCCCUCGGGGACUUGGAGAAGAGCAUGCUGCCCGCUGCACUGAUUCAGGCGCGUGAAGUCUAUUCUCGCGAGCCAAACCUGGUAUACACAGUGGUAGACUUCUCCAUACCAUGCGAGGGCCGGCAGGUGGCAGUCGCUCUGCGCGAAGGCUGGAAAGCACUGCGACUGCUGAAAUCUCCUGAUAUCGCCACCACCUAUCAGGAUGGGAUGAAGCAAUACCGGCCCGUCACAGCUGAUCAACUCGAGGCCUGGGCGCAGACGACCUUCGUGGAACUCCCCCCGGGCCAGACCGUUCACUUGGCCAUUGCACAAAUGCGCCUGCCGCCGGACUGGCUGCCCUUUUGUUAUCUGUUACCCCUGGACGACUCGGGAGACGGUGUCUUCCACGGGCAACUUAUCUUAUGCAUCAGUCACUGGCGCACUGAGGCCACAGGCUGUCUCCAGCUGCUCCACCACCUCCUGCGCUUCACAACAGACUUACUUCCCGGCGCCAAGAGCUCGACGCUUCACACUCUUGCACAUCAUGUACCUGGAAGCGAAGUCGGCCUACUAUCACCUUCACUUGAAGAAGUUGUCAUGCCGGGGGCAGGCCCAACCGACCCGAGCGCCCAGCAGAGGGUCGACGAUGACUUUGCGCGGUUCUAUGCCGCCCAACCCUCGGUUACCUUCGACUCUCUGAGCCCCAUGCACGGAAUUCCCUCGCACAUGCGGCUGCAUCAACGUAUCUACACUAGGCAGUCCACCAACCAGCUCCUCGCUCGCUGCAAGGCCUACACCGUGACCGUGACCGCCGCCAUCCACGCCGCCUACCUGGCCGCCGUGUGGCAGCUUGCGUCCCCUUCGAAGCGCUCGUGGUCCUACGCAGGGAUGAUGCCGGCCCAAAUUCGGAGUCGUCUGGCCCCAACGUCGGCUUUGCACGACCAGGGCGCCUGGUCCCCCGCGCAGCAACUGCUCAUCACUCUUGCGGCCCCGAGCCAGAACAGCAGCAACCCAGACCAGUUUGUGGCUCGAGCCCGGAUCUUAUGCCAGCAAUACCAGCGAGCCAGAGAGCCUGACUGGCUUUACACGGACCAGCGAGCUAUCACCGCCGCUCGCGUUCACUACUUCGCGUCCGGUAGCGGCGACUCCAGCUCCAUGCCGUGGUUCAGCAGCCUCGGCCCGCUAGAUCAGGGCCUGUUUCCAGCAGUGAUAGGGGCCUUCCGCGUCCACAAUUUCGCCUGCUGGUCAGAUUUUCUCUCAGCCGGCAUCACGCUCAUGGUCUGGACUCACGACGGAACGCUGAGCUUCCAAGCAUUCUGGAAUGCGGCUUUUCACGCAGAUGAUCAGAUCCGGCGGGCCUUGGAUGUCAUGGAGGGCGUGUUGGCCGACGAGCUGGGGGAGAUGCCAGCUCUGCAGGCUGUCCGCUGGGUCGAUUGUUAG